UCCGGUAGAUUGAUACCACCAGCUAUAUUGUAUCAGUAACAACAGAAGAGGCUCGCAUACGAAAGGGGAUCUAGCUACUGUAGCUAGAAAGAAUCGAAACCCACCCGACCAGUCUUUGACAGGGACAGCCAUGGUCAAGAUCACUUUCCAGUCCGUCGCGGGACAGAAAGCCGAGAAAGAGCAGAAUGAUGGCGACAAGACCGACAUUCUCAUAACCCAUCCAAUGGAGGAUGAGGAGGAGCUGGUUCUGCCUCUGCGCUCAGGGAGAUCUCCUCUGAAUGGCCUAUGCUGCCUGACCUUUGGCCUGGUGGUCUUCAUGUCUGGUCUGGUGUUGGCCUCCAUCUAUGUCUACCGCUACUACUUCAUACCCCAGAUCCCAGAGGAGAGUCUGUUCCACUGCAGGGUUCGUUAUGAGGACUCUGUGUACGCCCCUCUAAGAGGCAGACAGGAGCUGGAGGAGAACGUGGGCAUCUACCUGGAAGACAACUAUGAGCAGAUCAGCGUGCCUGUGCCCCACUUUGGAGGAAGCGACCCUGCUGACAUCAUCCACGACUUUCACAGGGGACUGACUGCCUACCAUGACAUCGCUCUGGACAAAUGCUAUGUCAUCGAGCUCAACACCACCAUUGUUAUGCCCCCACGGAACCUCUGGGAACUGCUGGUCAAUGUUAAGAAGGGGACAUACCUGCCCCAGACCUACAUUAUCCAGGAGGAGAUGUUUGUGACAGGGAAGGUUCACAACAUGCGCCAGCUGGGGCCCUUCAUCUACCGCCUGUGUAACGGCAAGGACACAUACCGCCUGAAACGCCGCGCCCGCAGACGCAUCAACAAACGGGAAGUGGCCAACUGCCAUCACAUCCGCCACUUUGAGAACACGUUUGUGGUUGAGACAGUCAUCUGUGAUGGAGUGUAAACUGUUACCUCAGCAUGACCUUCUGGCACGACACCCUAAGGCACAGCCACCUCUCCAGCCACUGUAGCGCAUCCCUGUGUAGAUACUUAGAAUGACCUUUCAGUUGCACUUUAACUAUGGUUUUGUCAUUUUUUUUCCAUAUGUUUAACUCUUCUUUAUAAACUAUUUUAGGAAUUGUCAGAAGUGAGGUUUUCCUUGUGUUUCCUGGCUGCAAUAAUACAUGUUUUUCUCUAAUUUACAUUGGAUGAAAUAGUUGGAGGUUUUUCCACUUAAGAGAACUGUGAUGGCCUUGGUUGUCAGGGAAGACAACAGUUUCCAUGUGUUGUCAUGGCGACUACUUGAUUUCGCUGCACUUGAAAUGACUGCGCGUGUGAAAUCCUGCUACUGUCAGCCACCACCUGACCUAAUGUCGCAUCGCCCUCAGCUUUCUCUUGCUCUUUGUCGCACUGUUUGUCUGCCCCCCCCCAGCACACCUCAUGCUUCUCUUUUGUAUUUCUUCUUUAGCUCAGUCACCCUAUCAAAGUAAAGGAAAACAUGAAUGUGACUUUAAGAACCCUACAAAGUGAGUUAAGAACCAGUGUCCCUACAAAGUGAGUUAAGAACCAGUGUCCCUACAAAGUGAGUUAAGAACCAGUGUCCCUACAAAGUGAAGUAGACAAAUUGCCCAUUAUUAGUCUUUGUGUGUUUGCACCUGUAUAGAAUCAUGUACAUGAUGCUUAAUGUAGUUAUGUAAUAUUCUACCAGAUUAUUUCCAGCCAAGCUGCCCUUCUCCCUGUGAACGUGUCAAAGACUGUUUCUCCCUCCUUAUUGAUGCCCCUCAUCACCUCUUAUUGUUUAUAUUUCAGGGGAGGUCGAGCUUCUCCCCCUUCAUUUGCACUCUUUAUCAAUGCUUUUGUGAGUCAUUCUAGUAGAAUUCUGUCAUUUAUUUUUCACCCUGCAUGUGUGUUUCUCUAAACCGCACUGUUAGAAUUUUUUCUAAGAGCACGUUUAAAGCCUUGGUCCAGAGUCAGAGACUGGACUAAAGUAAUGAUUGCUGUGAGGGAGUUUAUUAUAUCAUAUGCUAAUAUAUACCUUAGACAGGUCUGUAUAUUUUGUCUGCUGGUGAAGUCUUAUCUGUGAAUAAAGUAGUUAAAACACC